AAGCACUGUGCCAAACUGACAUUAUAACACUGUGUGCAUUUCUGUGGUCUAUGAAACAGAAAAGGAGAUAGACUGAGAGAGAGAUGGGAACUUGAAGUUAAAGUUUGCUCUGCCAGAGUAUUGCUGAAGCUCUUUACCUCUGUGGGGAUGAAGGAGUCCGAAUAAGAGAAUGGGAAUGAGCUUACAUGAUAUAUAGGAAGAUAUGCCUGUAGUCCUUGGGUUGGAGUGACUCCUGCUGCCACCACUUGGAUUCAUCUGGCUUGAUGAGGGGGGAGGCAACCAUUUUCGACAAUGCCAUCUUUUGACGAGGUCUUAAAAGAGGCUGGGGAGUUUGGAAGGUUUCAAAAGAAGGUCUUUUUCCUUCUUUGCCAAACUGGGAUCACUUUUUCUUUUUUAUUUGUCGGAGUUGUAUUUAUUGGACAACAUCCCGAACACUAUUGGUGCAGGAUUCCUUGUGCAGCUGAACGGAGCGAACAUUGCGCAUGGACGUUUGAAGAGGAGUACAAUGUCACAGUUCUUGCUUCGAGUUUGAUGAAUUAUUCAUCCCAGUGCAAGAGGUAUGAUGUGGAAUGGAAUCAUACCUGCUCCAGCUGUACUGAAGACCCACUGUCUCGUCUUCCCAAUGGCAGCUUGGGCAAGGUGCCACUUACUACAUGCCAGGAUGGCUGGCGUUAUGAAAACCCCCAUUCAAGCAUUGCUACUGAGUUUGACCUUGUGUGUGACAACAAAUGGAUGAUAGACAUGACACAGGCUGUUCUCAACCUGGGGUUUUUAAUCGGAGGGUUCACUCUAGGCUACGCUGCUGACAGGUAUGGCAGAAUCCUCAUUUAUCUCUUUUCUGCCUUUGGGGCAGGAUUGUGUGGCCUCAUAAUGGCUUUUGCAGAAAACAUUGUAGUAUUUUCAAUAUUUCGCUUUCUGCAAGGUGUAUUUGGAAAAGGAACCUGGAUGACGGCCUUUGUUAUUGUGACAGAGAUAGUUGGCUCAGAAGAGCGGAGGAUUGUUGGGAUUAUAAUCCAGGUCUUCUUUACCCUUGGAGUUAUCAUCCUUCCUGGAAUUGCUUAUUUAAUUUCAACAUGGUGGUGGAUUCAGCUAAUUACAACGCUCCCCAACUUCCUUUUUCUGCUAUAUUAUUGGCUGAUACCCGAAUCUCCACGGUGGCUACUAACUCGCAAAGAAGGAGAAAAAGCCUUUAAGGUUAUGCAGUCCAUUGCCAAAGACAAUGGGAAAUGCCUUCCAUCACAUUUUUCUGAGAUUACAGUCUCUGACAAUGAAGUUAGUAAUCCGUCUCUUUUUGAUCUGGUUAGAACACCACAGAUGAGAAAAAUCACUCUAAUCCUAAUGUAUGCCUGGUUCACAAGUGCAGUGGUUUAUCAAGGCCUUGUCUUGCGCCUGGGGAUCAUAAAAGGAAAUCUCUAUUUGGAAUUCUUCAUCUCGGCACUGAUGGAAUUGCCUGCGGCCUUUUUAAUCUUACUGACAAUUGACCGCAUCGGGCGGCGCCCCCUCUUUGUCUCAAGUGCAAUUAUGGCCGGGAUUGCAUGCUUAAUUACUGCAUUCUUACCCAAAGAUAUGCCAUCAUUAAUUACAUCAGUAGCUAUCUUAGCAAGGCUUGGAAUCACCAUAACCUUUGAACUUGUAUAUCUUGUAAAUUCUGAACUGUAUCCCACAGUAUUCAGAAAUUUUGGUGUCUCUCUCUGUUCAGGUCUGUGUGAUAUAGGGGGCAUUGUGGCCCCUUUUUUACUCUACCGUCUAUCAGACAUCUGGUCGGAGCUUCCUCUAAUCAUCUACUGUAUAUUGGCUGUUUUGUCUGGGAUUCUAGUCAUACUUUUACCUGAGACAAAGGGACUCUCCCUACCAGAGACAAUAGAGGAUGUUGAACAAUUAUCAAGUAACAGCAGAAGAUGUGGGAACACACACCAAAAUUCCAGCUCAUAUGUUUGAUAUUUUGUGAUGCACUGCCAGAUCAUCCUCAGCCACCCGAUGGAGAAGGUGGAUCCAGCUGUGUCAAAACAAAUAUUCCUAAAGCACUUCUUCAAAAAUAUAAGGGCAUCUACAGUAAACAAGGCAUUGUUUUUCUACAAUUUUGAAAGUAUUUUCUAUAAUUACUGUUUCCUGAUUGGGAAUACUUAUGUGCAGGUCUUUUAAAAGAUUACUCACAUCCUCUGCAAAAGUUGUUUUGUCUAAGAUCAUACUUCUUUGUACGUAUCUAGCCUAUAUGAUUAUUACCUAUCUUCUCCAACUGUAUGUUGUUGAACUGUAGAAGUGGUCCACAAAUUUGUGAAAAAAUCUGAAAAUUCUAAAAACCAUUCAAAUGAGCUAGUGGAACUGAAUCACAAUGAAGGGAAAAACAUUUUUUAUUCAAAGUUAUGAAAAAAACUGUUCCAGUCAAAAAUCUACAAGGUCUACAAAAUAUUCAUGGCUGGGUGGAAAACCCAAAAUUGUAUUCCCUGCACUCUGUUUUUCCUAAAUGAUAAUGGCAUUAAAAUCAGAGACUGGCUGCCUAUGUGGAUUCAACUGAGUGCUGGUAUUUAGCUCAGCACAAAUGUUGUAGAUAUGAUUAAUAUUUUACUUUACACCAACUUGCAGAAAUAGCAAUGCAUAUCUCCACUUUCAUUAUUCCAUAUAUCAGGCAUUUGGUUGGUGCAGUACUAGGGACCAGGUAAAAUAUACAUCUGUGCAAAUGUAAACUUUAUCUUCUACUCACUAGUGAGCAUUUCAUCAUCUUCCAUUGCUCAUUGUUGUAUCUAAUGGAGGAGGCUCAUUGUUCUUGAACACUUCUCUCAAUUUGCACUGAGAUACAGCUUCUUUCAUUUGUGCGAGAGGCACUCUGUUGCCUGGAAAUGCCAUUACUUAACAUCAAUGGAUUGGCCUAUUGCUCCUUACCCCUGAAAAAGAAAGUGUCAAACUGUGCCUCCAUCUACACUGCCAGUUGAAACUGCAUUAUAUGGACAGUGUAGAUGGGGCCUUAGAUGUACCUUGGCUUUCAAUGCAGAGCACAGAAGUAAUUAAUUAAUUAAUUAGGGUGUAUGUACACUGUAUAAUUAAUCCAGUUUGACACCACUUUAACUGCCAUGGCUCAAUGCUAAUGUUAUGUGAUUUCAGCUCAGCUAAAAUUGUGGGUUCAGGGCCCAGAGUGCCUAGCUCCCAAAGGAUCAAAUGAGACACAGAUGGGUUGAAAGCAAAAUCAGAGGUCAAAGAGGAUGGCAGUGGAGUCUGCGCUCCAAAGCACUGACAUACCUCAGUACAAACAUAGAGAAAUAUUUAUAGCACUUUGACAGCUCUCCAAAAUAAAGGCACAUGGCCAGCUAGGAUCUGCUCCUUGGUUGGUCAGGAGCUUCGUCAUCCAUUGUCAUCGCUUAUUGGCUCCAGAUGUAGUGGGAAAUUUAAUAAAAUGUCAUUGGAUUAUUUUGAAGACUUGUCUAUUUAUUGAUCUACUCAAGUGGAAAGGAAUAUGGUGGGGCAGGAGAUGUUGGGUUGGAAUAGGUUUUGAUAUCUCAGCUUCAGUUGGGAAAACAAAAAAGAAGCUCAGGGUGUUGUUAAUUUCAAUGUGAGCCCCAGGAGUGGGUCCAAUUUGGUGAAGAAGAGGAAGAAACAUUCCCAGAAACAAGUCAGAUCACUUCAGGAAAAAGAGGAAAAGACCCAGAGGCUCUUGUGUGAGCCCAUAGUAGGCUCUUUAUGUCUUCUCGGGGUAUUGUGAGGGGAUGAUGUUAACUAAGGUCAUCCCUUAAGGUCUGAGGUGUGUACAGUGUCUGUGCAGCAUUCCAGGAUUUUUUUUAAUGAAAAUAACUCUAAAAAUCAGGAAUGAGGUCAACAUGGACACCCUAAUUCAUCCAUGGGGCUGUGGACUAUGGGAUUCAUCAUUUUGGGGUCUGGUUUUCAAUAACACUAUUGAAUCAUGGGAGUUGUUGUUUGGUGAGGCACUGGCACUAUUUGGUAAAGAAGGCUAAAGGCCUUGUAAAACAACAACCCCCUUAAUUCUCUACCAUUGAGCCAUUAAAGUUAAAGGGUGCCAAAUUGCAUUAGUUUUGCUGGGUGCAUGCACCCUUUGUUAAUCAGAAAUAAUCAGAUACUUGCACUUGUUUCUUUUUCACAGUUGUAAAGGUAAAACUAUAUCCCAUUCUGAUUGUGAUUUAAUUAGUAGUACAGUAGAGUCUCACUUAUCCAACAUAAACGGGCCAGCAGAAUGUUGGAUAAGUGAAUAUGUUGGAUAAUAAGGAGGGAUUAAGGAAAAGCCUAUUAAACAUCAAAUUAGGUUAUGAUUUUACAAAUUAAGCACCAAAACAUCAUGUUAUGCAACAAAUUUGACAGAAAAAGUAGUUCAAUACAACAGUAAUGCUAUGUAGUAAUUACUGUAUUUACGAAUUUAGCACCAAAAUAUCAUGAUAUAUUGAAAACAUUGACUACAAAAAUGCGUUGGAUAAUCCAGAACGUUGGAUAAGCGAGUGUUGGAUAAGUGAGACUCUACUGUAAUUUCAUUCCUUUUUGAUGUGAACUGUAAUAGUUGCAAGGUAUGACCUCUCUAAAUGAUGGAGGAGGAAUAUGUAGUUCAAAUGCUGGUUCAUGUUAUACCUCAUGUUGUUGCCUUGUGUUUCUGUUGGGAAUGUUGAAACAAAAAUUAUUUGGAUGGGAAGAAAUUGUGUUUCAGAUGCAUGUUUUCUUAAAUAAAAAAAAACUUAAAAGGCAAGCUGUUAGAAAUGGGAAAUUAAAGAGUUGGUUUGUUUUGUAA